AUGUCCGAAAAACGCAAGGCAAUAAUCAUUGGCGCCGGCCCCGCCGGUCUCGCCACGGCCCUGCGCCUAAAAACACACAACGGUCUCGACUGCAUGGUCUGCGAGGUGCGCAGCGAACCCACCACUCUCGGCGGCGCAGUGGGCAUUCCACCGAAUGGUCUGCGUCUACUUGACCGUCUCGGCGUGUACGACGCGCUGUGUGCACGGGGGUAUGGCGGCCGACUGCUGACGGUGCAUUCUGCUCGUGGUGGGGUGCUUGGCGUUAAAGACUGGGUUGGGUGGGCGAGGGAAAGAAUUGGGUAUGGGUAUUUGAGGAUAAAGAGGGUUGACCUUGUGGAUGUUCUGUUGGAGGCUGUUCAGAAGGAGGGGAUUGAGGUUAGGUAUGGGGUUAAGAUUGUCGGGAUUGAGGAGGGUGGUCAGGGUCAGGGUGAGGGGGCGGUGGUGAGAUUUGAGGGGGGGCGUGAGGAGAAAGCGGACGUUGUGCUUGGGUGUGACGGGAUUCAUUCGGUUGUUAGGAGGUUGGUUGUGGAUCCCGGGUUUGGGGGGGAGUAUUCGGGGUUCGCGGGGUCAUUUUCGAUUGUUCCUGCUGAUGGACUGAGAGAUGGAGCGGUGAAUGCUAUGGCUGGCUUGCAUGCUAUGAUGACUGAGGAGGGGAUGGUCAUGGUUAAUCCGUGUACUGCGGACAAGGGUGAGGUUAUGUGGGGGUUUUCGAGGGAGGUCAGUUUGCCUGAGGGGGGUGAUAGUCGGGAUGGGUGGGAGGAGACUCGCAAGGCUGAGGUCGAGGGGUUCAAGGAUUACAUGUUGAAGAUCCUUGACGGUGCUCGUGGCGAAUGGGCGGAGACCGUCAAGGAUAUCGUUGGCAAGACUUCUGUUGUCAAGUUCCACCCUAUCUACAGGCUGCCGCUUGGUGGCCGCUGGCACAAAGGUCGGUGCUUGCUGCUUGGUGACGCCGCGCAUGCCAUGUCGCCUCAUGCUGGACAGGGUGUUUCCAUGGCCAUUGAAGAUGUAUUCUUGUUGUCACGGCUUCUCGAAGACCCCAGUCGUCCUUUGUUGGAAGUCUUUGCCAAAUUUGAUGAGAUUCGUCGCCCGCGGGUGGAUGAGAUCUACACACUGGCUGCGAAGAACGCCGACGGCAGAAGGAAGACUGGUCCAUGGGGAUUGUGGAUGAAGGAGACAGUGUUUGACCUGUAUAUGAGUGUUUCCGGUGUUUUGGGUCUGGACCAACGGGGAGUCGGACAGAAGCACCUGAUUUAUGACAUUGAUGAGGUGGAAAUUUGA